CACAAGAAUUAUCUUCCAUGCAUCUGUUAUGCCUAGCUUUUUACCAUAAUGGUUGGUGGGCAACAACUGCUACUACGGCAAUUUUUAUUGCUGCAGCAAUAACAGACUGGCUCGAUGGCUAUCUUGCUAGAAAGAUGCAGUUAGGAACAAUUUUUGGAGCAUUUUUAGACCCUGUAGCUGAUAAGCUGAUGGUUGCUGCCGCAUUAAUAUUGUUAUGCACUAAGCCUGUGGAAGUCUCUGUGUUCGGACAAGUGAAUUGGCUUUUGACUGCACCUUCAAUUGCUAUCAUUGGUAGAGAGAUAACUAUGUCAGCAGUUAGGGAGUGGGCGGCGUCCCAGGAUGCUGAACUUCUCAAGGCAGUAGCAGUAAACAACUUAGGAAAGUGGAAAACAGCAACACAGAUGACUGCAUUGACUAUCCUUUUGGCUACCAGAGACCCCAGUCUAGCAGGGCGCGCUCUUUUAGUUGCUUCUGGUGUUGUAUUGCUGUACAUAUCUGCUGCUCUUGCCCUGUGGUCGCUGGCGGUGUACAUGAGGAAAAUAUCGGGAGUGUUGCUUAACUAACGGUAUUGGAUAAAUAAAACUGGCCAAAGGUGUGAGCUCCUGGACAUCUGUGAUUUUGGUCUACUUCGUCAUUCUUUCAGAAAGCCGACUCAUGAAGUGAUGAAGACGAAAACAACGUUUACCGUUGUUCUUGGAGAAGCAAAUUUGAAGCUUUUUGAUUUUUGAAUUCACGACGAGAGGUACCCGGUGUCUCUCUCUCAUUUUGGAGAAAUUCUGUACGGAUACUUGAGUUUUGGAAGUUUGUUUGGUUUCUAGGAGGUAGUUGCUAUAGUUAGAUAUACAGAAACCACAUAAUGGUGUAUAUUCAAGACCUAAGUUGUGAAACCUUGCACUAUAUAAACUAACAUUUAUUAUGAAGAGUUAUGUUCUUUUUUUUUUU